GACCUUCUUUUGGUUAUAUUUAUUAUGUGGAUUGUGAGGUGGGAGUGCAUAUAGAAUUUGUAAAAAAGAUUUUGAAUGUCUUCGUGAUGUGGGUUUGGGAACUUGUAUUAUAUAAAGAAAGAAAUAAUCAAGGCAGUGUCUUUUAUCGAAAUAAGCAUGGGAAAAAAAGUUCGCGACGUCGCUGGUACAAAAAUACAUCUAUGGGUUAUGAAAAACUUAGAAAGAUGAUGAAUAGUAUUGCUAUUGAUCUUGGAAAUGAGCGGAAAAUCACAAAUCAUUCUUGUCAUCGUAGUGCAAUUCAAUUAUUAAAAAAUAAUGGACUUUCUGCAUCUUCAGGUCAUCUAUCAUGGGAAGCUUGGCAGAUUAUUGUCAAACUAGUGACAAUCAAUCACAAGCAACACGAAAUCCAAAUUCCUGGAGAACAAGCAACUCAAAAUUCAGAAGCGCAAGCAAUCCAAAAUUCUGAGGCACAGGCAUUCCAAGUUUCUACAGCACUAAGCAACCCAAGUUCCCACAGCAAAGCAUCCCAAAUUUCUGCUACGAUACAAGAAAUCCAAACUUCGGCAACACAAAUUUUUCCUCAAAUUCAAGAUUCAAAUAAAGUUAGAACUUCAAGACAAGCUAAAUUAAAAAUCUCGUACUAA